AUGUCUGAAUAUCAGCGCGUCGCGAUCGUCACUGGGGCUGCGCAGGGCAUCGGCAGAGCGAUCGCACUCAGACUGGCAGAUGACGGCAUAGAUGUCGCCUUGAACGACGUGCCAGGCAACGUCGACAAUCUCGCGCGUGUCGCGGAAGAGAUACAGGCCAAGGGCAGAAGGGCGAUCACAAUCCCGGGUGACGUUUCCGUCGAAGUGGACGUCAAGACUCUGGUAGAUCGGACGGCGGCAGCCCUCGGAAGCGUCGACAUUAUGGUAGCCAACGCAGGUGUGGCGCCUACAUCCUCCCUUGUCGAAAUGAACGUGGAAACUUGGGACAACACAAUUGCUGUCAACCUGAGGGGUACCAUGCUGUGUUACAAAUACGCUGCACUACAGAUGAUCAAGCAAAAACGGGGUGGCAGGAUACUCGGUGCCCAGCAGCUGUCUGCUUAUUGUGCCACGAAGUUCGGCAUCAGAGGGAUCACGCAAUCACUCGGCGAGAAGAAACAAUGGACAGCACUAGAGUUGGCGGAGCAUAACAUCACCGUCAAUGCAUACUGCCCUGGUGUGAUCACGUCUGCGAUGACCACGUUGGCGACGGAUACGAGCUAUGGAGGACGCCCUGGCGCCACUGUCAAGGCGAUUUUGGGCAUUCCACUCGACAGCCCAGAAGUUGGUCCGGACGUCAUAGCCAGCGUGGUCUCGUAUCUUGUCAAGCCGGAGGCGCACUUCAUUACCGGUCAGUCCAUCGACGUCAACGGGGGCGCGUACAUGGGGUGA